AUGAUGGAGAGGAUGAAAUCAGCGCAGCUACAAACCAGUAACCUUACAAAUAAUGACUUGGUCAAAGACCAUUUGCGCCACUUGAUGGGAGGCCGAUCAAAUGUUAAAGACGAGCUUCUUUGCCAUUUUGUUUUUCGGGAAAGACCAGGAGCUUUGAUGAAAUUUUCGGAUGCUCUGAGUCCAUGUUGGAAUAUAAGUUUGUUCCACUAUCGGGGACAGGGAGAAACUGGCGCAAAUAUGUUAGUUGGGAUUCAAGUUGCUCGCACUGAGAUGGAUGAGUUCAGGAACCGUGCCAACAGUCUUGGAUACGAGUAUGAACUAGAAAGCGAUAACGAAGCAUUCCAGCUUCUGAUGCGAUGA